UAUUAAGAGACUUGUUCUUUGAUUAAUUGCAGAAGUUUGAAAAAUGAGGGCCGUAAUCCUUUUAGCACUUGUAAUCGCAGUCGCCUCCGGGCGGUCAUUUUACCCCAACGGCGCUUAUCAGCACAAGAUCAAGGAUCUGAACGAGCUCCUUUACCGACUUCGCGGCGUAGCGACGAAACGUUGCGCUAACCUCUUCUCCGAGGGCUGUAGCAGCGGCGGAUUAACCGAUUCCUUGAUCGACGAGGAAUAUUUAGCAAACGGAUCGCCCGGCAAAAGAUGUACCAACCUGUUUACAGAGGGUUGCUCCAACGGCGGUUUAACCGACUCUUUACUGGACGAAGAUUAUUUGAAUAAUCAGUCACCUGGCAGACGCUAAUAUUUUUUUUUUGGGAUGUAAUACAUACACAAUUGAUUUAAUUAAUAAGAUGAUGAAGUAAA